GUGAUUCGUUUAUUCCUCCUUCCCAAUAAACAUACAGUUUUCAUUGAAUUUUGAGUUCUAUUCUUUCUUUCAAGAGUCUUUAAAUAACUAUUAGAAUUCAUUUUCAUUAGAGGGACAGUUCUAUAAUUCCCCUUAUUAUAUCUACUGUCCCCCUUAAAAAAAUAUUACAGACAAAAAUUACUUGGAAUAAACAUACAAUUUUCUUUGAAUUUACUUGGAAUAAACAUACAAUGUUCUUUGAAUUUUGACUUCUAUUCUUGUCUUACAUAACUUUUGACAAUAAAAUUUUAAAAUACUAUAAAAUUUCCCUUUUUAUAUCUACUAUCCCCCUUAAAAAAAAAAAAAAAAAAAAAUUAAAUGACAACAAAAUUACUUGGAAAGAGAAAAACAAGGACAAGUGGUUAAAACACCCGGGUCAUACGGCAAAAGAUCCGAAAAAAUCACCUCUCUCUUCAUAAAUAGAAAAAUCCCCAACUUUGGCAAACCCUAACCCUAAAAGAGCAAACUUUCUUAUAAAUUCUCUCAUUCUUCACCACAUUUUCCAAUUUUUUCAUCUCUUUUGUUACAUAAUUUCAUGUUUUGUAAUCUUUCUUGAAAAUCCUAAUUUCAUUUUUUGUGUUCUUUCUUGAAAAUCCUAAUUGUUAAUGGUGGAAAUUUUCAAGAAUUUGUUGAUGAUCACCCCUUUAUCAUCUCCAUUAAAGGAGAUACUAAUCUCAAUUUCUUCUAAUUCCUUUUCCUUUGGUUCUUGCAAAGAAAUCUGGUAUUAUCGCUGCCUUGGCCUUGACCCGUAAUCCCCUGACCCGACCCGAAUAGGCCAUAGAAACUGUCUUGGCAUUGACCCGUGAUCCAUUUGGUCCGACCCGACCCGGUAGGCCUACCUCCCAUAUAAACUGUCUACCUGAGACUGCUUUUUGGCGCGUAGGCCGUUACCUUUAAUUUUAAAUCCCAUAUAAUAUAUAUAUAUAUAUAUAUAUUUUUUUUUUUUGGUGUAUUGGAAAGUGAAUUUUUUGAUAAGAUGUUGCUAUACAAGACGAAGAAGAUUCAACCCGGGAAGGGAAACCGGUUGUUGAUAAGUAUAACGGUUGUUGGGAGUGCCGGGCCUAUUCGUUUUGUUGUUAAUGAAAAGGAACUUGUGGGUAAUGUUAUUGAUACUGCAUUGAAGAAUUAUGCACGUGAAGGAAGGCUUCCUGUUCUUGGAUCAAAUUUUAAUAACUUCAUGCUAUAUUGCCCGACUGUUGCAACAGAUGUUCUGAGUCCAUGGGAGACAAUUGGAUCGCUUGGUGUUCGUAACUUUGUGCUGGUCAAGAAGCCACAGGCUGAGGAUCCAAUUCUUGAUGGGAAACAAGCAGCACUGGCUCGGAAGGGAGCUGGGAGUUGGAGAUCAUGGUUCAAUAAAUCACUCAGUCGCAAGAUAGUUUCUUACUGAAAGAGUCGACGCAAAGUAAUCUAUAGUUCUUGUUGGUGUUUGGUUCUAUUCUUUUUUCCAUAUGACUAUGUUUUCCUACUCUGGUUAUCUGGUAUGUGGAUCCUUGCUGGUAUUUUCCUAAUUACAAAUUAAGCCUUUAUCAGUUAUUUAGAUUUUAGUUUGUUGAUUUUGUUGUUUGAACAAAGCAAACCAUGUUAGAGAGUCCUUUGAGUCAAUGUCAAGUCUACUUAUUAUAUUCAGGUUAUAAUGAAUGAUUGUUACUAACAGUACUGCUUUUCUUAAAACGUAGUAAUAAUGAAUUUGAAGAGUU